GGACGUUUUAGAUGUGAGAGGAGGCGGUAACGCGAAGUCGUCUCUGCGAGCGUGAAAGGAAGGAGUGCGCGGCUGAGCCGGAUGCGUUCGGAUUUUGCUUUUACCAGGAGAAAAGUCAGAUCCAAGGUUCUGCUGACCGCCUGCGGCAGUGUAAAGAGGCGUGGAGCCCCUGGUUCCAGCGUUGCGUGGCCUGCGGCUUACUUUUGGGAUACUUAUCAAGUGUCUACUGUGUGCCAGGCACUAUAUCUGUGUACAUAGAAAAACCCCUGGAGCUCGUACUCCAAUAUAUAUAUACAGUGAUCAUCUCUGCUUGCUGAGAUAACAGGAGUGUCAACCUGAUAUUUUUGCUGCUAUCCAUUUGUAAAUACACUCAGAAAAAGAGAAUUUGGACCCAGUUUUUGACGACAGGUAGUUUCUAAACAUGAUGCAUUUCAAAAGUGGACUUGAAUUAACUGAGUUGCAAAACAUGACGGUACCUGAAGAUGAUAACAUUAGCAAUGAUUCUAACGAUUUCACUGAAGUAGAGAAUGGUCAGAUAAACAGCAAGUUUAUUUCUGAUCGUGAAAGUAGAAGAAGUCUCACGAACAGCCACUUGGAAAAAAAGAAAUGUGAUGACUAUAUUCCAGGAACGACCUCCUUGGGCAUGUCUGUUUUUAACCUAAGCAACGCCAUUAUGGGCAGUGGGAUUUUAGGACUCGCCUUCGCCCUGGCAAACACUGGAAUCCUACUUUUUCUGGUACUUUUGACUUCAGUAACACUGCUGUCUAUAUAUUCAAUCAACCUGCUGUUGAUCUGUUCAAAGGAAACAGGCUGCAUGGUUUAUGAAAAGCUGGGAGAACAGGUCUUUGGCACCACAGGGAAACUUGUCAUCUUUGGAGCCACCUCCCUACAGAACACUGGAGCAAUGCUGAGCUACCUCUUCAUAGUAAAAAAUGAGCUACCUUCUGCCAUAAAGUUUCUAAUGGGAAAGGAAGAGGAAUUUUCAGCCUGGUACGUGGAUGGCCGCUUUCUGGUGGUGGUAGUUACCUUUGGCAUAAUUCUCCCUCUGUGUCUCUUGAAGAACUUAGGUUAUCUUGGCUAUACUAGUGGAUUUUCCUUGAGCUGUAUGGUUUUUUUCCUAAUUGUGGUUAUCUACAAGAAAUUUCAAAUUCCCUGUUUUGUUCCAGAGCUAAAUUCAACAAGUCCUAAUUCAACAAAUGCGGACUUGUGUACGCCAAAAUAUGUUACCGUCAAUUCAAAGACCGUGUACGCUCUACCAACAAUCGCAUUUGCUUUCGUCUGCCACCCAUCGGUCCUGCCAAUUUACAGUGAGCUUAAAGAUCGAUCACAGAAAAAGAUGCAGAUGGUUUCAAAUAUCUCCUUUUUCGCCAUGUUUGUUAUGUAUUUCUUGACUGCCAUUUUUGGCUACUUGACAUUCUAUGAAAGCGUGCAGCCCGACCUCCUCCACAAGUAUCAGAGUAAGGACGACAUCCUUAUCCUGACGGUACGGCUGGCAGUCAUCGUGGCCGUCAUCCUCACGGUGCCCGUGUUAUUUUUCACGGUUCGAUCUUCCUUAUUUGAACUGGCUAAGAAAACAAAGUUUAAUUUAUGUCGUCAUGUCUUGGUGACCUUCAUACUCCUGGUUAUUAUCAACUUGUUGGUGAUCUUCAUACCCUCCAUGAAGGAUAUUUUUGGAGUCGUUGGUGUUACAUCUGCCAAUAUGCUUAUUUUCAUUCUUCCUUCAUCUCUUUAUUUAAAAAUCACAAGCCAAGAUGGAGAUAAGGGAACUCAACGAAUUUGGGCUGCCCUUUUCUUGGGUCUGGGGGUGUUGUUUUCCCUGGUAAGCAUUCCCUUGGUCAUCUACGACUGGGCCUACUCAUCAAAUGGUGACAAAGGCCACUGAGACCAGCUGAGAAAAGGAAGCAGUCAAGUUACCACGCAUCAGCAACCCUUCAUCACUUCCUUUGCAAGUUUACAGAAGCAAACAGAAAUUUACAAGAUACACAAUGAAAUAAUACUUUGGUAGCAAAACAAGAGACCUGUUUCUAUCAUGGUUCAUGCCCCUCCAGGAUUGGGGAUCAAUUUUAAGGAUUGUGGAUUUUUUUGGUUCCAAAUUUCAUGCAAUCAUAUUUUCCAGUACUUUUCACAGUUGAUUGUUUUUCACUCUACUAUUUUUUUGUGAUUUCAUCGUCUCUUAGAACUUUGAAGACAUGAUCACCCACCGUGUUUAUUUAUUGUACAUCCAGAUUCUGAAAUAAUUUUCCUACUGAUGUUCAGCUUAUAAUAUCUGUACCUUUUUAGCAGAGAAAAGAAUCUUGAAUUGUAUAUAUUUAUUUUGCUUUACAGAAAAAAAUGGUUUCGUAAAUAAUUUGCCUAUUUUGGUUAAUAUAGCACAUAGGGAUAAUCAGAUGAGAGUCACAGGGCACAUACCCUUGUUGGAUCAGAGAAUGCCCAAUAUUUGAGGCAGCUCUGGUUACCUGGCAGGCGAGCUUCAGCAGCUCGAGGCCUCGCUGGCGCUCCAUCCACUCUGUGCAGAGACCUUCUCUGGCGAGUGUUCUCAGCUCAGAAAGGGGUGGGAAUGAUUCUUACCUUGGUAAAUAUACUGAACUACACAUCUGGGUUACCUAGAAAAUGAAGUUUUGUUUCCCUCUU